UCUUAUUACAUGCAUAUAUAAGGGAACGAGCGGUUAGAUUUUAAAUAAAAUAUAUAUUUGAAAUUUUUCCAUUAAAAAUUCCAUUCCAAAUAAAUUUGUGUUAAAGUGACAAAGUAUUUGAAACGCUAGUGAAAAAUAGAAUUUUGAAACAAAAAAAAAAAAAAAAAACAACCCAACAAGUGAUUAAUAAUAAUAAGAUUUCAAGAUGUCGGUUCGAAUUUUGGAAGAUUCACCUAACGCCCAUAUUAAUAAAACAAUUUUAGAUCGAUAUUUAAAUUUGCCUUUAGAUGAUGAUAUUGUUCAGGCCACCUAUGUGUGGAUUGAUGGCACUGGUGAGGAUGUUCGUUGCAAAGAUCGUACUUUGGAUUUUAUACCCACAAAGCCAAGCGAGCUUCCUAUUUGGAAUUAUGAUGGCAGCUCCACUUAUCAGGCGCAUGGUUCUAAUUCGGAUACCUAUUUGCAUCCUGUAGCCCUAUACAAGGAUCCUUUUCGACGUGGCAAUCAUAUAUUGGUUAUGUGUGAUACAUAUAAAUUUGAUGGUACACCAACCGAUACAAAUCAUCGUAAAGGAUGUUUGGAAGUUGUUAACAAAUGCUUAGAUGAACAACCGUGGUUUGGCAUUGAACAAGAAUAUACAUUCCUAGAUUUCGAUGCACAUCCGUUAGGUUGGCCUAAAAAUGGUUUUCCCGGACCACAAGGUCCUUAUUACUGUGGUGUUGGCGCUAAUAAAGUGUACGCACGAGACGUUGUCGACGCUCAUUACAAGGCUUGUUUAUAUGCUGGCAUUAAAAUAUCUGGCACUAACGCCGAAGUAAUGCCAGCUCAAUGGGAAUUUCAAGUUGGACCUUGCCUAGGUAUAAGCAUUGGAGAUGAUUUAUGGAUGGCCAGAUUUCUGCUGCAUCGUAUUGCUGAGGAGUUUGGUAUUGUUGCAACUUUAGAUCCUAAACCAGUACCGGGUGACUGGAAUGGAGCUGGAGCUCAUACUAAUGUAUCCACGAAGGCUAUGCGUGAAGAUGGCGGCAUUAAAGACAUUGAAAAUGCUGUAGCAAAGCUGGCUAAAGUGCACGAGAGACAUAUACGUGCGUAUGAUCCAAAACAAGGACAAGAUAAUGCACGUCGUUUAACUGGUAAACACGAAACGAGUUCUAUUAACGACUUUAGCGCUGGUGUCGCGAAUCGCGGCUGUUCCAUACGUAUACCGCGAGGUGUUAACGAUGAAGGCAAAGGCUAUUUUGAAGACCGUCGCCCAAGCUCAAAUUGCGAUCCAUACUCUGUAGUGGAAGCCAUACUACGUACUAUUUGCUUAGAUGAGUGAUGUAAAUGCCCUUCACCGCAAAACGGUAGACAUAAUUACAUGACAAGGAAUACUUUUUUGUUGUUGUGAUUACAAACGGCGACCAAGCGCGCAAUGGAGAUUUCAUAUAAAGUUCAGAUAAAUUUAAACGCUCAGAUUAAACUGAGUUAUAGUGAAACCAAAGCGAACAAUAUAUAAAGGAAAAUUAGUUAAGAUAAUAAGCUGGUGAAGCCUUAUUAAGUAAUAAUUUUUAUGUGUUAGCAUUAUGAACAAAUUCCUUUAUGAUUUAAAUAAAUAUCUAAAUUAAUAAAUGUUAUUAUCUGUG